GAUCCAAGUCAUGUGCCAGAAGGUGUGUCACGAGCCCAGCUGUUGCCCUGAUUUCAAUUUGGCCAAAUAAACUUCAUAAAAUCACGAUUUGAUCGCCAAAUUCUUGAGUUGGUAAAUUGAAGCAGUUUUAUUGGAGGAUGAACAACGCAUUUAAAGUAGUCCAAGAAGAUACUGCACCUGAUGAAAUGCACAAACAGUCUUACUCAAGGUUUAUAAAUGAAGAACAAAACGUGAAUAUACCUCAGUUCUCUGUUUAGGUGACCAGUCCUUUGGAUGGAAUCCAGGGGGAAAAAGAUCUCACCCCUUCAGCAUCACCAGAAUCCCUCAGGUUUACCCCCAAUCAAGAAUUCCCUCUUCCAACAAGAUCUUUGAACCUCGAACGACAAGAUGGGUAUCGGAUUCAAACCUCUCGAACACGAACCAACGGUCCCUGUCAAGUUCAUCAGCGCGGGGACUGCGGCCUGUAUAGCCGAUGUGUUCACCUACCCAUUGGAUCUAGCGAAAGUUCGAUUACAGAUUCAAGGAGAGGCUGCUCCGGCUUCCAAGGAUGCCAUUGGCAAUACCAAAGCCGCACUCAAGUCACAACUGCGUUAUCGGGGCAUGUUCCACACCCUCAGUACGAUAGCUAAAGAAGAAGGGCCAAGAGCCCUGUACAAUGGUCUCAUACCUGGCUUACAGAGGCAAAUGUGCUUUGCCUCAGUCAGAAUCGGAUUAUACGACACCGUCAAACGAUUCUAUACAAAUCUUUUAGGAGUGGAAGGUCGUCAUGCCCAGAAAAAUGUCCCGAUGCGAAUCUUGGCGGGCAUCACAACUGGUGCAGCUGCUGUUAUGUGUGCCCAACCCACAGAUGUCGUCAAGGUGCGGAUGCAAGCACCCGGAGGAAAGCAGCGGUAUAAAGGAUGCAUAGAUGCCUACAAAACUAUUGCUCGAAAGGAGGGUGUUCGAGGGCUUUGGAAAGGUGCUCUGCCCAACAUUACACGAAAUGCCGUCGUAAAUGCUGCCGAGUUGGUUUCCUAUGACCUCAUAAAGGAGGCUAUCAUUCGUCACAAUAUACUCUCAGACAAUUUUCCAUGCCACUUUUUAUCUGCAUUUGGUGCCGGUUUUAUUACGACGUGUUGUGCCUCCCCAGUGGACGUUGUGAAAACCCGAUACAUGAACAGCCAUCCUGGCCAGUACAAGGGAGCCUUCAACUGUGCUGCUUUAAUGUUCAAGGAGGGAGGACCGAGGGCUUUCUAUAAAGGAUUUAUUCCGAACUACGUGCGUCUCGGGUCCUGGAACAUUUUCACAUUCGUGUUUUUUGAGCAGCUCAAGCGAGGAUUCAGUCAACUGCGGGAAAAAAUUAGCGAACAGCCGCGUGAGCUGGAGUAUUAUGAGUAAUCUGCCAGUCGAAAGGCCCAGUGCAGGUCAUCUAAUGUUCAAGAUCAAUGAAAAGGAUGAAAAAGUGUUGGAUUGUUAGUAACCAUGGUGAUAUUGUAUACAGGUGGUGGAAUUAAGACCUUGGUAGUGGUGUUUGAUGAUUGAUUUUAAGGACCAGCAUGAACUGAAGUAGAAAUGUGGGGAAUAUUUUUGUAUGUAUUUUUGUUCUGUUAUGAGGGCUGGGCUGUUCAUGGUACCUCUUAAAGGCCUACGCCAUUUGCUGAAAAUUUGAAAUUUAUGAUUGAAAUUGAAAUUGAAAAUUGCCAAUUAGGCAAAUCACACUAAAUAAAAUUUUAACAUUGUCAUUGUGUAGACGUACACAUACUCUGAAUAAUACCAAGUUUCAGCAGUUUUGCAUGCAUGAUAUUGAUAGCUGCACUACUUGAAUUUGAAAAGUUCAAAUGGUGUGAAUAAAUUGUGAAAAUGAAUUUUAACUAUGGGCCGUGUCGAGAUAUUUAUUAACUGUAACAGUGACUUGAUAAUGCACAAAACCCAAGCCUAGAGCAGUUGUUGGCAUUUCUGUUUUUAUGACAGAUGGUUUGUAUCCUUUAUAUGUGAUUACUAUUCAAUGUGCAAAGCGGGCAUCGGGAGCGCCUAAUUCCUUGUAUCACACAGGUGGUGAACAAUUGACAUUAGGUGCCCUAAUCAUUUGUUAAUGUUACACAGUGUAUAAAUUUUUGUGUGCUAUCUCUGAAUGCCUCGCCUUGUAAGAUAAAAUAUGUCAUAUGUAUGCUAUACAAUGGGUUGGUGGUUGGGGAAAAAGACACAAAGGAUUCCAUUAUAUCAUCAUCAACGGCGACGUAACUCUGAUUGGAUUUUUGCCGAGGGAACGGAGUUGCCCAGGCUUAGACACUCAGGUACAGGGGACCAAGGCUCAUCCGACAGACCCUCAUUAAUUCAUCUAAUUUGUUGCAAAGAGCCAGGAAUUUUAGUUCAGAGAUAAUUCUAUAAGUUUUUCCUGAAAUUGAACCUGGGCCGUAUUGCGUGGUAGCUGGCACUUGUUAACCACAGGGCCAUGAGGCCACUCUGAUUUAUGUGGGAAUUGUUGGCAGCACUAGUGUUCUGUCCAUGACAGAAUUACAGGGUAUUUGGACUAUUUUAGACUCGGAGAAAAAUAGUUGGGCUUGUGACAGUUGGAUGCCCUUUCAAACUUGUCAUCUGGCAUAACCCUUCACACUCAACAUGUAGGCAAAACCCGUAUUAAUGAACAGAUUCUAUACGAAUUUUUAUUGUCGUAAAAUAUGCAAAUACUUCCUGGUACACCUGUUUACGAUGUAUGACAUGAAUGGGUGAGGAGUUCAUUUUGUUAUUCAUAUCCUUACCACACUGUAGUUUGCAUGGCUCAUCAUGACCAUGUCCCUUUAGCCUACAUAAUGGCAAUGGGGGCAGUGCUGUGUGUUCACACUUGGCUUUAAUUUUUUGCGGCCAUAUCGGUUGCCACAUUUGGUAUAUAGCUUUACUCCUGAAAUAUAAUUAUAUUGAAACAUAUGUAGGUAUGAUUCCUCUGUUUUCGUGCAUUACAUGAAGGGUAAGGGGAAUUCAGAUAAGGUUGUAUCUUCCAGUUAUCAGUCCCAUCAGAGGAAAGGGUGAUCUGUGUUAAUAAUACUGUAAAGUUGCUCAGGAGCUGUCAUGACCUCUUGAUUGCACCAGAGGUUUCGUUACAGCUCUUGGCUGACUUUACAGUAAGACUCCUAUAUUUUGUUAAAUGAUAUAUGGCUCCUGUAGCAGUGUGCUACUAAAAUGGGAUAUGGUAUUUGGUAUAUCGGGGUAAGGGAUAUUGAUAUUAUUGAUACCAGGUAAUGGUACUUUAUUUACAACUGUGAUAAAAACAAAACUGCUAUUAUAGUCUUAUGUUACAAGAAUGGGUGCAUUUCCCAGAACUUCUCUUAUAUUUGUGGAAUCAAUCCAAUUAUUGAUUAGUUUAACAACAUUGACAAUUUUUGAUUGACACCACAAUAACUGUAAUUUCUGAAGAAAGUCUUCCGUGCAUGAAUUUCUCUGUUGGCACUGCAAAUUUUAUCAAUAAGUCGGGGGCAUACAAUAAACUGGACUUUACACAGCAAUAAAGAUGGUGUCAUAAAGUCUGCUGACGAUCAGACCCCCUACUGUCGAUUUUGUAAACAUUUCAAUGGGCAGUUUAAAGGGACAACUUGUGCAUGAGAUUAGUUGAUUUUUGCAUACAAAAAAUGGCUUCCGGUAGGACCGUGAUUUCCCCAAACUGGAUGACUAAAAUCAUUGAUUUGCAAUGUAUAUGUACUAUACACCUUUCCAGAAAAGGGGUGCUGAGUGUCCGAAAUAGUGAUGUCAUAAGGGGAAACUUGGCCUUAUGGUGGAGGGACAAAGGAGAUAGUCAUGGUUGACCAACACACUUGAAUGCCUUUGAUGACGGACAAGGGGGAAAAAGUAAGUUCCAAUGCAAGCCACCAAUUUCGGGAAGCAUGUAUAAGGAGGUGUAACCGUAGGCUGCCUGAAAGUCACAAGCUAUGUUCAAAGCCGCCUCACAACACUUGCGAAAAUUAUUAUUGAGAUCAGCAUUAUAUCAGAUAUGAUACUACAAGUGGCAGUGCAUGGUGGCAAGCAGGGGUACUAUCCUCCUGGCCAGGUAAAUCCCAUGCCCAAGUUGUCCCUUUGCAUGUACAUGUAUGUACAUUCAUUGUGCUGUUUACAUAUCUGUUUGUGAAGAUAGAGUUUGUUGAACGAGUUUUCACUUUUGGGGAGAAUCACAAUCGAACGAAAUGAUAUGUGUUAGAGAAUAUUACUUGUAAUUUGUUACACCCGGAUAUGUUCACUAAUAAGUUUUUUAAAUUAUACCAUUUAUAUCAUAAAAAAAUUUAACAUGGUCUGGACUAGCGUGGGUUGAAUUACAGGUUUAAUAAGUGUACUGGUGAUUUUAUUCAAUUUUAAUGUCAUUUUCAUUCAAAUAAAUGAAUGAAAUGAAGUAACACAUGAGGAUUUUAUUUUCACAAGUUACUGGCCUACUAACCUGGAUGAAGGGUCAGGGGCGGGUUUUAUUUGCUUUCAACAGCAUGGAACAAACUCAAAGGCAAAGAUUUCAUCUCGCGAAAUCAUCCUUUUGAGAUUUUUCUUCUAUUCUUUUUCACGAAUCGGAGUGGGUCAUUUGCCAAUUACAAUACCUAUAAGUUUAACAUUUUCGUGUCCCUAAAGUACAUGUUUGUAUUCCCCUCAUUCAAAAAUCUUAGGUUCACGGAAAAAAGGGGUUUUAUUGUAUUCUAUGACUGUCAUGAAUGUCAAAGUUGUUUGAUUUCAUUUAAUCACUGUGACAAGCUAUUUUAGUCUGCACAGACAUGUUACCUUUCAUUGCUUAUUGUGCAGCAGAAUUCUUGUGUGUAGGUUGAUAAAAAUCAAGUGUUGAAGGCUUCAGUCACCGUCUGGGGUGUUUAAUGGUGUCUUUAUGGUUAUAGCUACAUGUAUCUUGAAUGAUGUGAUGAGUAUCUCAGUUGAUACAGCUCUGUUGGUGUCUAAACUACUGUAUUGUAAAUUAUGGAGAGAAAACAGCAGUGAAGAAUAUAAUGAUGUUGAAUCCUGUAAAUAUAUGUACAUAGAAUAUUGUAAAUAAAAAUAUGUUAACACAAUGUAAUACACUGAGUGUGGGACUUUCAAAUGUACUUUUUAGGCCUAUAAACUGCAGAUGUUUCUGGGAUUGGUUGAAUUUGGCGGUGUGGACUUCCUAAUGUAUUAUUCAACUGCAAAUGCUUCUCUGAUAGGUUGUACAAUGGAACCUCCAUUAGCGAACACCUCUCUACUUAGGACACUCCAUUAAGGACACUAGUUUUUGUCUCAAAUUUGUUGUUGCCAUUCAAUUUGACCUCUCUAAUCAGGACACCUCUCUUUUCAGUCCUGAUGGUUUCCUUAACAGAGAGGUUAUACUGGUACUGUAUUUGACUUCCAAAUGUAUUAUUCAACUGCAAAUGUUUCACAGAUAUGUCACAGUGAUAGCUAUGGUCAUUUUAAUAACAAUGAUGAGUAGGCCUUCGCCUGUACCUGUAUCUUUUGGUAUUGCCGAUUACUUAAUCAGGUUUAUUGAGAAUUGUUUAUUUGAUGUAAUCUGGUGUAUUUGGUAUUAGCGUUUAUAAAAUUGCAAUAUUCUUGAGAGUUGAUCAGAAUGAAGGUAUUUGGCUCAAUUUAGAUGUGUGUUCCAUGAUCUCUUGAAUCUGAACAAGGAAUAAUAUUCUUAGAAUUGAAUGUAGGUGUACAAAGAUUGAGCAGUCAGUUCAAUAUAUGAAAUAAAAAUAUUGAGAUUAUGUAAA